CGAGGAGCUCUUUAUAAGGCCAGGGGGAGGCCAAGAGCUCUCAGCGCAACGGCAAAGAAGGGAGAGAGAGAGAGACAGACAGAGGCUCUGCUGCUUGGCUGCCAGAGGGAUCAUUGCGGAGAAGCUAGCGCUGCCCUGCUUCCAAGGAAAACAUGAUUUCCCAUAUCCAAAUGGCCUUCAUCUUCCUUGCAGCCUACAGCAUCCAUGAGACCAAACAGGUUAAAGCUAGUUGCCACCGGCUCAUCACUGAAUCCCACCUGAGAAACCUGACAGAGUUGAUUGACAGCCAGAUGAAGACCACCUGCAAACAAUCUUUCUACUAUGUAGACAAGACAGAACUGGGCAGUAUAGAAUGCUUUCUCAAAGCAGCAUAUUCUCCACUGUCAAUCAUCCUUGGUAAAAUUAAAUUCAAGAGCAAUACACCAAACUUCGAGAAGCUAUAUAGGAUCGACUAUCUGCAUGUGGAACUUGCAUCGUGUCUUAAUAAUGACUAUCCUCAAGACAAGAUAUGCACCAAGAAGUUCCACCUGACUCCAGAGGAGAUGCUGCAAACAGUGUAUGAUUAUUUCAGUGAAGCUAAACGUUUCCUGUCCAAAUCAAACUUCAGACAGGACUGUACUAGUGUCUUCCAGAAGUGUUCAGACUCUCAGGGAGAGAAGAAGAUGGAAUCUACAGGUGUGGUGACUGAUGAGGAUGAUGCACGCCCAGAUGCAAGCCCUGUGAAUGGGGGAGGCUCAGCUUUUCACCUUCCAGCCUCUGAACCCUCUUCUUCAAUUGCAGACCAGCUAGACAGCAAGGAGACAGCUGACAGCACUCUCCAGCUAUUUAUGCUGCCCGACACCACACAGACGCAAGGAGUAGUAGUGGGUGGUACCAGACCCAGAGUGCUUAGGAGCACUCAGAAUGGCAAGGGAGCUGCAGAAAGCAUGGAUUUCCAUGUUGGUACUGAUGCUGUCAUACCUGCAAAAGAAUGGGCAUUGGCAGCUGUAUCCCAGGGACCUGAAUCUCUGAACAUGAACACUGCACCCCUCUUGGACCCAACUAUAACCCAGCACCAGUUAACCAGCCAGCUCAUAAACAUUCCUCUCUUAUCUCCUAGCCAACAGCAUACUGAAUAUUUGGAAACCAAGUCUCCUUUGGCUGGCUCAGGAGCAGCCAGUGGCAAGCCAUGGCCCAGUGAUUUACUUUCUCAGCAUCCUCCUCUCUCUGACUUAUCCAAGUCCUCCCUCAAUAAGCAGUGGCUUUGGGUAAGAGAAAUGAGUGAGACCAUUCCAGGACAUAAGUCUGAUUGGGAGGUGGCUGUCUCCAGAAGCACACCUAGCAUACCCCUGGCACCAGUGUAUGACUCAGGAGUGGCUUCCAGUGGUAGAUGGGUGACACUUCCACCCAGUGACCCAGCUCUCUUCCAUGUCCUUGGUUCAAAGGAUUCUGUCUCUGCAACACAACAUCCUUCUAGAUUGGUAGUCACCACAGAGAGUCCAUCCUCUCCCAAGCAGAUAUCUCCAGAAAACUAUUCUUGGGGGGAGGAGGGCAGCAGAGGGAGAUCUGCAGGAGAACAUCAAAGCACACAACUCCGAGAGAGACGCGCAGAACGAGAAGAGAACAGGGAGGCAGAAGAGAGCAUGCCAGGGCCCGGCAUUGAUCAGAGCUUCAUUCUUCUGAACACAGACAAGCAUACCAAGAAGCUAGAAUCCAGCGAUACCCAAGGAAUGACUGUGACUUAUGUGAGUGUCCUGGUGGCCAGCGUCCUGGGGAUUCUGCUGGCAGUGGGAGGCUUGCUGUUCUACUUGCAUAAAUCCAGGAUCCAAGUAUGGAGGCAACCACAGAGGAACAACAAUAAUGUGGAAAGACCAGAAGAAGGAAGGCCACUGAGUAGAGGGGAGGAACAUGUAGAAUUGCAGAUCCAGGAGGAGCUAUGAGCUGGAUCUUUCCCUCUGAGAAGAAAACCUACAUUGGGCUUGGGUUGUAAGCCUUUCUUUUUAAACCUUUGGUCCUCUUGAUACUGUUGGGAGGAAUUAACAGAGACUGGACUCUAGGGAUUGAAGCAGUCGCUCCAGCACUUUCCCAUGAAGAGUAUUUUUCUCUUUCUUCUUUUAUUUUAAUGAAGGAAAGGGAUUAAUGAGGAAAUAGACACUUAUUUAUUUCUGGCACUGAAGGUUGGCUUCCAGAAGAAUGUUUUUGACAGACAUGCAGCAAGCUGGAAACCAUUGGGAAGCUGACCUGGACUUCAGCAUCCCCUCUCUGAUUGCAGGGAAGGGUGGGGUGUUUUAUCUUGGAACCACUGUGCCACCUGCUUUCUGGGAUGAAAGGGAGACCUUCCCUCCUAGGCUCCUUUAGCAAGUGGAGUCUGCAGUUCAAAGAGUCAAGCCUCUGGGCACGAAUGAAAACUGUUGAGCCAACUCUUCCAGGAGCUUCUGGCUUACCUCUUGAACUGUAGAAGAUUUCAGGGGAUUCGCUCAUCUAUAUUUUCUUAGACAUUACAAAUUAUAUCUAUGGAUCAUGACAACUUUUAGUUGUCUAGGAAGAAUGGGCACAUUGUCCCUCUGGUAUUAGCCCACAUGCUCUUCUCUUAAGCUGUGUAUGUUGUGUAGUUCAGGGAAGGAGAACAUGCAUUUUCAUAGCAAGAUGUUCUGCACUUACCACUUAAAUCCCCAGAUAACCUUGUGCCUUAACUGGAAAAAGUUGCUAUUUUGCUAUUUGUUAUCCCAAUCGCCUUCUCUGUGUUCGUUUAACUUUUUACUAGUGUCUUGCUUUUAAUCUCAGCUUAAAAAAUGGGACCCAUACUUUUAACUAGAACUUAGUAUCAUUUAAUAAAACUGAUUUUAACUUAAAUUUAGGACAAACCUCCCCCCAAAAGACUACUACAUACACACAAUUUAGGGAAUUUCUUGCCACAAGAUGUAGUGAUAGUGGCUACUAGGUUUCAUGGCUUUAAAAUGAAGUUAGACAAAACAAGGAGGACAGAUCCAUUGAUACUGAAGGGCUACUUCCAUCUCAGAGUCUAGAAAAGUUAUUUCUUGGGUUAUAGCUCUUAGAAUUUAGUCCAGUCUUCAUGCUCACUGUCAUUUUGUCUUUGGUAUCCUGGGAGUUGUAGUUCAUACAGGCUGCCCUUCAAGUACAGUGGUAGGUAUGUUUUUAAGUCCCAGCUGCAGGCAUAGCAUCCAAGAAAUGAGGGAGUCAUGCAGUCUUCAUUCCCUGGGCUAUGGGCUUCUUGAUAGCCCUCUCAGUGAUCACAAUGGUGAAAAAAGAAGCUGGACUAGAUAGACAUCCAGGGCUGCUCUUUAUUGUUAGUUAACCUGCAUCUCCUUGCAUUUUCUCUGGCUUCAAAAAUUAUUGUAGUUCUAGGAUAAACAAACUUUUGGAGGUGUGGAGGGUUUCACAACUUUGUUAGUAAUCACAUGUAUGGCUAGCAGCCUUAACUCAAUCUAGCACCUUUCAUAUAUGUUGGACUAAAACAUUCCCAGCAUCCCUUGGCAGCAUGGCCAGUGGCAGGUGCCAGGUUGAGGAAGGCUGUUGUAUAUAGCAUUGGCCCCAAUCUCCUUUGUGUUAGAUACAGCAGGAAGCAAUAUUUUAGCAGCACCUUGUUAAUCAGGAGUAGUCUUGAUUUCAGGAAUGGUUUUGACUGUCUGGGGGGGGGGUGUCCAUUCACUUUGAGUCAUUGUUUACAUUCACUCUGGGUCUGGCAGAGCAGUGUGGCUACCACAUGGAAGUAUUGCAGCAUAGGUACAAAAACCAUGUGUAUUAGUCCCAUACAAAUGCCCAGUGUGGGCUUGCCUGAACUACCAGAUUUUAGCCAUUUUCUAGCCACUGAUUUCUUCCUUCACUGGGUUGAGCAAUCAUUGAGGAAUAUUCCAAACUCCCUAUCCUCACAAACAUGUUUCACAAAUUUAUUUCAAAGAAUGGAGGCAAAACUUCUUCACUUUAGCAAAUCUGUGUUUCUGAAUCUGCAUUUGCUGAAAGAACACAGAGCAAAGCGGCCACUUUCAUGGAAGGAACUGGCUUACUGAUUUUUAUUUUUGCAUUGGGGAUGUGCUCUGUAGAAGGCAGUUGGUUGCUGUGUCCCAGUUCCGAAGUAAAGCAAAAUUAUUGCACUGUGUAUGCACUGUAUUUUUCCUGCCACACUCCCAAGAACAUUCCAACCACACACAUAGGAAUGAGGCUAUAGGGUGUGUAUUUGUAGGUGGGAGGCUGUCCAGAUUAUCAGCCUGGCCCACUCUUGCCAUAUCAUGUCUCAUUUCAACCUUAUCUCUCUUUUUCUUAUCUUCUGCUCUCUGUGGCUUCCCCCUCCUAUUUUGUAACAAGACAGGUGAUAAACCUGAGCCAGCCUUGGAAUGCCUGUGUUGCCUUUUCCUAUUGGAGCUUUGAAGUACUGGAUAAUAAAUGUAGGAUAAAUUGUUUUAUUGGUAUAAUUUGCAAGGCUCUGUGAGGAGCUGUCUCUAAAUGGGGGCAUGCAUGCUGUGUUAUUGAUGUGAGCAGGUCUCAUGUUUGCAUAAAGGAUCUUGAUGACUCUUCUUCAAUGUGCCAGUGAAUCAGUUUUUACCUUACAGUGUGGGUGCAAUGUUCUGAACUAUUAAGGCACAUAGACCUAUAUAUAGUGUUUCUAUUUUGGCAUUGAACUAGCUAAUUCAGUAAUCACUGCAAAUGAGGUAGAAGAACUUGCAUAUUUUUAUUUUAUCUUGAGUUGCAAGAAGGAACUGUGUUGUCCUUUAGUGACACAUCAUUUGCUACUAUUCUCCCUGCCCCCCAUACCUAGCCUUGCUGCUAACUAUAUCCCAUGGAGAGCUUGGCCACACCUUGGAGGCUUAGUGGCAAGUUCCAUCUUUGCUUUUGACAUCAGGGAGUAUGGAUGUUCAGAUGUUUAGGCACUAGCAGCUUGUACAGAUUAAGAAGCCAUUGCACAGGAUUCACUCUGCUUUGUGUCAAAGAGUAGUCCCUGUUUAUCAAGCACCCUAUGGCCAAGUUUAUGGUGAUGUGUAGAUGCAGCAUGCCCUAGGCAUGCUCCAUUGUGAGCACUUAUUUGCUGGCACAGUAAAGUCUAGGUAUUAAGGCCAGAUCCUAAUAGCCCCCCAUCCCUUCUGGGUUAUUAAAUGUUUUUACAUGUAUAUGAGAAACCAGUUGAGAGAAGUUCCUUUAUAAGAGAGUUACAAUGCUGGUUUAAACUGUGUUUUUUAUAUAUUUUUUCAAACAAUGAAAUAUUUUAUAUAAAUGACUUUUAAAAUGGUUAAAUGUUUAUUUAAAAAUAGAAGAUGUUGUAUUUAAUAAUAAUAAAUAAAACACAGA